UCCCACUUCCGACUUUGUUCUGCAGGACCGGGGGCCGUGCGGCUCCGCAACGAUCCGAGUCUCCUGCUGCCGCCGGCCAGGAAGGACUAACAUGGAAGUUUUUACCUUGGACUAGGGGGUUCGCUGCCUCAAACUGCAAUCUGCCUCUCCCCAGAGUUAGAUGAAGAUGAGAGUCUGGAAGGCUGUGGCUUGCACUCUGGCGUUCACCGGCGUGGACGUGCUGGUGACCACACUGCUGUACGUGCACAGCCGUAGCGGCAAGGACAUUGUCCAGGAUCUGAAGCACUUCAAUGUCUUUAAUUCCAUGUUGGACGUGUGGGGGACAUGUCUGUACAGGAGCUGCUUGCUUCUCGGCGCUGCCAUUGGGGUUGCCAGGAACUCAACCUAUGGCCCCAAGCGCCUGAAAGCAUCCCAGACCUUCAUCACCUUGGUCUGCCUGCUAGCCGGCAUUUACACCCUGGUCAAACUGCUGCUCUACUCGGAGGUCAGGAAGACUAUUCGGGACCCCUGGUUUUGGAGUUUGUUUGCAUGGACGUAUGUGUCGCUGGCUGCAACUUCCUGCCUGUGGCAGCUGCUGUCUUCCGUCACAUCCUCCAGAGAAGUCUUGGGGGUCAGUUCGGAGUCCAGGGUGGAAGCAGAGGAGAUAUGUGACCCCAGCCCUGUUACGGUGCAGGAAAAGAGGGAAGAGGUGUCAGGAGCCACUAUCCAUAAGCUGCUGUCUUACACCAAACCAGAUGCUCUCUUCCUCGGAAUAGCCACUUUCUUCCUUCUGGUUGCUGCUUUAGGAGAAACAUUCCUUCCUUAUUACACUGGCUUGGCGAUUGAUGGAAUAGUCAUCCAAAAAAGCAUGGAUCAGUUUUCCACUGCAGUGGUGAUUAUGUCGCUUCUUGCUAUAGGAAGCUCAUUUGCCGCAGGUAUCCGGGGUGGCAUUUUUACGCUCAUAUUUGCCAGGCUGAAUAUUCGACUCCGCAACUGCCUCUUCCAGUCACUGGUCGCUCAGGAGACAAGUUUCUUUGAUGAGAAUCGCACAGGGGACAUCAUCUCCCGGCUGACCUCGGACACAACGAUCGUGAGCGACCUAGUUUCCCAGAACAUUAACAUCUUCCUGCGCAACAUGGUGAAGGCGACGGGCGUGAUCGUCUUCAUGUUCAGCCUGUCCUGGCAGCUGUCUCUGGUGACCUUCAUGGGCUUCCCCAUCAUCAUGCUGGUGUCCGACCUCUACGGGAAAUAUUACAAGAAGCUCUCCAAGGAGGUUCAGAAUGCUUUGGCGAAGGCCAACAACACAGCAGAAGAAACCAUUUCGGCCAUGAAGACUGUGCGCAGCUUUGCAAGUGAGGACAUGGAAGCAAAUGUCUAUUGGCAGAAACUGCAGCAAGUGUACAAACUGAACAAAAAGGAAGCCCUGGCCUAUACGUACUAUGUGUGGUCCAGUGGGCUGACUCUUCUUGUAGUGCAAGUCAGUAUCCUUUACUAUGGUGGCCAUCUAGUGAUCUCUGGGCAAAUGACCAGCGGAAACCUGAUAUCUUUUAUUAUUUAUGAAUUUGUCUUGGGAGAUUGCAUGGAGUCUGUUGGUUCUGUCUACAGCGGAUUAAUGCAGGGAGUAGGAGCUGCUGAGAAAGUGUUUGAGUUUAUAGAUCGCAAGCCAACGAUGGUGAACAAUGGAACUCUGGCCCCAGACCAUGUGGAGGGUAAAGUGGAGUUCAGAAAUGUUACUUUUUCAUAUGCUACCCGGUCUGCAACACAAGUCCUACAGAAUGUGUCUUUCACCCUCUAUCCUGGCAAAGUGACUGCGCUUGUGGGUCCAUCAGGCAGUGGGAAGAGCUCCUGCGUCAAUAUUCUGGAGAAUUUCUACCCUCUUCAAGAUGGGCAGGUUCUGCUGGACGGGCAGCCUGUUAACAUGUAUGAUCACAAGUUCCUGCACUCGGUGAUUUCUUUGGUGAGCCAAGAGCCAGUGUUGUUUGCUCGAUCUAUUGCGGAAAAUAUUUCGUACGGGUUAACUUCAGUCUCGUUUGAGUCAGUUGUCCAAGCUGCUCAAAAGGCCAAUGCCCAUGCGUUUAUCACAGAGUUGCAAGAUGGCUACAAUACAGAAGCUGGUGAAAAAGGAGCCCAGCUGUCUGGUGGCCAGAAGCAGAGAGUGGCUAUUGCAAGGGCUUUGAUCCGAGCCCCCCCAAUCCUAAUCCUAGAUGAAGCCACAAGUGCCCUGGAUGCAGAGAGUGAACACACGCUACCUCAUGUCAUUCCAAAAGCCGUGUGCAUAUUGGCGUAAACACAGCUGUGUUUGGUGUGAAUGCUGAAGGACCUGCACCAGAAAUCUGUUCAAGGUGAGCCACUGGUCAUAGCCAUGCAUCAGCGACACAUGGUUACAUCUGUACCUUCAUGCUGACAAUUAAUGCGGAUGUCCUGUUGACAUCACCAUGGAAACAUAGUGUGGUGAAGCAACCCAGCUUUGUUUAUUUCAGUAUGUGUAUAUUCUAAUACAGCUGACUAUAUCAAAAUAAGAAGGUGUAUUUAUUUCAAUGGUUAGGCAUUGGAGUGUUUGGUUACACAGGUAUGGGAAAACAUUACAGAUCCACAAAGCACCUUUGUUUCAAUUUUGAGUUGCUAGAUAUCUUUGUUUUUCAGAUCUGAGUGACUUAGCUUUAGUCUUGUGCACUGACUUCACUGGGAAUUGAUGAUGACCAAUGUGUCCAGGACUAGGCUCUUGCUGUAUUGCCUCUGUAGCAUCCCCUGCCUUUUCUAGCCUGAGAAGCAAGAUACUGACAAUCAGCACUUGCUCUCUCAACUAACACUGGGACCACUGUCUCUACCCCAAUAUGCUGGAUGGUCACAUCGUUUUGAUAUAUGAGACAAUCAGUAUUUGACUAGAAUGUGGUGUCUGAAGAGAAGUGCAUGGGGGCUCCUCUUCCUAAAUAUAAAAAGGGAAAUUAACAAGUCACAGGGUAGUUUGAACAAGGUACAUGAUGUUUAUCAACCAGACGUACAAGGUUAAUAGACUCCAAAGAUUAGAUCUGCAAUUCAGUUUCUAUGUAAUUAACCAGUUUUUCCAGGCAAAACAAGCUGUCAAGAAGGUGAUUUGCAAAAUGUGGAUACACCUAAUAACUAUGCGCUGGUACCAGAAAUAACCUUGAAAUGAUACAAAGUGAGAAAGGGAGAUCCAGGAUCAUGUUUAAAAAUAUAUCAAUAUAAAUAUUAAUA